AAAGAGUUGACUUUAUAUGUUACUAUCACUUUGGCCAAAACCUGACCUUAAAGGACAUAAACCUAACUCUUAUACAUGUAGCUAACUCUUACCAUUCUUUCAUAAAAUCAUUCAAUCUUGAAUCUUGAAUCCUCAAAACCCUAAAAAUUUGUAGAGCAGAAGGUAAAAAAAUGAAUCAGAAUCUGAAGGCACUUUCAAUAGGAUUGGUAGGAGCAGCCAUCACCUUGUCAGCCUAUUCACAAACUGCUAUGUCUCCAACUCAAUGUAUUACUAUUGGCCUUUUUGUUCUCAUGUUUGGCUUACUUGUUGCUGAAGGUUUUAUCUCUUUCUAGUCUCAUCAACGGACAAACUCGGAUUCGAGCCGGAGCACAUGAUUGUAUCAAAGCGUAUGACUUUCCCGAUCUAAAUAAAACAGGUUUUACAUGAAAGAGAUAUGAUUUAGUAUGUCGUAUUUGAUUUAGCUAGUCUUCAUCAUUUUGUUUCGUAAGUAAUUUCAAUUUUUGUUGUUAUUCUGAAAACUAAUUUCUUGCUUCUUAAGCAAUUGGGAUUUAUUGAGGAGGUUAAUUAUCUAUAUUAUUUGAGAUUAUCUUGUUUCUAUUGAA